AUGGCUGCCCUUUUUUCCCACAAGAGCCUUGUUGUGAACAACAAGGACAAUGAUGAGCUGGAGUUGGAACGGGAGCUCACCCGAAAAUUAGAGAACAAAGUCAUGCUCCUCUAUUUUGGCUCCGGUGAAAGUCCUCGAUGCCAAGAGUUUGCGCCCAUCCUGAAAGAUUUUUUUGUGAAACUCACCGACGAGUUUUAUAUGGAGCGAGCGUCUCAACUAGUUCUCGUCUAUGUGUCGCUGGACAAAACAGAGGAAAAGCAAGACAAGUUUCUGAAGAAAAUGCCGAAGCGAUGGCUGUUUUUACCUUUCCAGGAUGAGUUCAAAAAGGAGCUGGCAUUAAGAUUUUCAGUGACUCAUCCCCCUGUGGUGGUAGUUUUGAAACCAAAUGGUGAAGUCAUUGACCACAAUGCUGUGGAAGAAAUCAAACAGCUAGGCACAGCUUGCUUCAAGAACUGGCAAGAAGCAGCUGAUUUGGUGGACAGGAACUUCCUUUUAUCUGAAGACUUCGAGGAUGUGACCCUGAGAAGUAUCACUGAUCCCAUUCGGCGGUUCAAGUACAAACUGCCCAAGAACAAAAGGAAAAUGAGAAGUAGAGAUGGUGAUAAGGGUGAAGUCUCCUGAUGAGAUGUUUCUUCUUGGAACUUCAGGAACUCUUGAUUAAAGGAGAACCUUCCCACUUUCUUUCAGUCACCCAUUGGCCAUGCUCAACUUCCAAAUAACUCUUUCUCCUAAGUGCCAACAUCCUUUCUUAAGGACCCAAUGAAGCCAGAAUUUUAAUUCUGUAGUACCAUCAGCCCGUAUAGCAAUGCUAUAUUUGGAUCAAUGAAAAUCUAACUGUUGUUUUUAGAGACUUAUUGUAUAUUUUAUUUUAUCUGAAAAUAGAAACUGUCCAGACAGGGUUAGGCAGAAUUUGGAUUGAAGGAGUAACAAUAGAAUAGUAUUGUUUGUUAACAAGCAGAAGUAAAAAAAGAAAAGUAGAUAAUGUUAGUUUUGUGACCUUUGGAAUAAUGAGCAAGAAUUGUUAUUUCAAGGAAAUUUAAUAAAUUUAAUAAACACAAGCAAUAGAACAUAAUGAUA